AUGGGCAAGAUCCUGGGAGCAUCAUUGUUAAUUCUAUGGCUUCUACAAGCAGGGGUGAAUGGCCAACAGGAGAAAAAUAACCAGCAGCAAGUGAAACAAAGUACCCCAUCUCUGAUAUUUCAGGAAGGAGAGACUUCGGUUCUGAACUGUACCUAUGAGAAUACUUUAUUCGACUACUUCCCCUGGUACCGGCAGUACCCUGGGGAAGGCCCUGUACUCUUGGUUGCCAUACGCUCUGUUGAGACUAAAAAGGAAAAUGGAAGAUUCACAGCUGUUUUCAGCAAAGGUGACAAUCAGAUCUCCUUACGUAUAAAGCCUUCACAGCCUGCAGACUCAGCCACCUACUUCUGCGCAGCAAGCACACAGUGCUCCCCAGGCACCUGCAGCCUCUACCCAAACCCGCCACCAAGGCGUCAGCCAAACUCUGCUCUGGGGGCUUAUACUAGCAGAAGUGUAGAGUUCACUUCCACACAAUCAAAUAAAUGCAUAAACACUAGUGUCAAGACACUGAACCCUGAGUCAGAGGCUGAACAAAAUAUGCUUGUGCGGGGGCACACAGCCCAGAUGCCAUUCUGCAACCUGCCCUGGGUGUUCCUGGUUUUCAUCUGCUCUGGAUCCAGUGUGGCCCAGAAAGUUGCUCAAGUCGAGCAAGACAUAUUCCUGUCAGAGGGGUCAACAGCCACCUUGCACUGUCAGUAUGAAAUAAGUUGGAGCUCAUACUAUAUUUUUUGGUACAAGCAACUUUCCAGUGGAGAGAUAAUUUUUCUUAUUCGUCAGGGUUCUACCGUCCAGAAUGCAAAGAAAGAUCGCUAUUCUAUCAACUUGCAGAAAGAAGCUAAAUCCGUCAGCCUCACCAUCUCAGCCUUACAGCUGGGUGAUUCAUCAAAAUAUCUCUGUGCUCUCUCGGAACUCACAGUGUUUGAAGUGAUAGUAGAAGCUGAACAAAAACCCCAGUGCAGCAUAAGAGAAGGGACCCUGGCACAGGAGCCCAGCUGA